AUGCCGAGACCGCAGUAUCUCAUCCCAGGCCUUGCGGUGGUGAUGGCCCUGCUCUCCAUGGUGGACCCCAGGCCAUCAGGGGGCCGUGCGUCUCAGCUGCAACUGGAGGCCAUCAAGCAAAGCCUCUUGGAGCGGCUGGGCCUGGAGAGGCCUCCGGUGGUCCGGCAGCCUCUGGAUCAGGAUGGGCUCCAGAGGGCGCAUCAAGUCUAUCGGGAGAUGCUGGCUCAGUUCAGAGCAAACCGGACCGCGGCAGAGCUGGGAACAACUGUUCACCUCCUAAGGCCGAAAUUGAAACAUGUGGCUGAAGGUCCACCUGGACGUUUGGAGGCCCCAGGGCACUUCUACACUUUGGAACUCCCCAGGACAGCAUCACUCCACCAGAACCUCCUUGUUCUCAGGGCUGAGCUGCAACUCUUCAAGGAGGCCCUCAACUGGCCUGACAUCUCCAGAUCCAACUCCACCUGGGCCACACGUGUCAACAUCUACAAACUGGUGGACGGGGAGAGCCUGGCCCCCAAACUCCUGGCCUCCUAUGUUCUCUCAAGAACCUCCCUGACCCUUGACCUCAGAGACCCUGUGGAUCACUGGAUGGCAGGCCCUGAGCAAAGACUUCUUCUGGGGCUGGAGUUCUCUGCUGAUGUGUCCCCCUUGCUGGCCACCACCACGACUGCGGAAGGAACUGAGGCGCUGUCCCUGGAGGUGGCGACCCAGGAGCAUGUGCGGGUGAGGAAGGCACGGCAACUGAAUGAGGAGUGCGGCAAGGGUGACGGGAAAUGCUGUCUGCGGUCCCUGAAGGUCUCCUUUGAGGACAUUGGGUGGUCUGACUGGGUGGUGGCCCCCAGCAGCUACUCCAUGAAGUUCUGUGAAGGCUCUUGCCCCCAAAACUACAAGCCGGCCAGCAUCCAUGCCCAGAUUAAGUACCGGCUCCACAGCCUCUCUGGGGAGACCCCAGCACCGUGUUGUGUCCCAGCUGCAUACGAGCCAAUGGUGGUUAUGCAUUUUGGCACUGAAGGGAAGCUGGUCACCCAGUUGUUCCAGGACAUGAUUGUCACACGGUGCCACUGUGCGUGA